AUUUCAUGACAAGAGAUCAAGAGAGCAAAGCGGUAUGAUUAACCGUUGAUGUCAAUCAUGCCGUGUGUUGUUGAGGUCACCUCCAUGAUGACCAUCGGUGAGGUUGAGGGACCCGAAGUUUGUCUCCCCUUCCUUUCCACCCGCCCUCCCCUAUCCUAGUAUCCCACCUAGAAUUCGUUUUCACAACUCGAAAUGGUUAUGCAUACUGGAGGUGUACAGUAACAGCUUUUGAUUCAGAAACUACCUUGACAUCCCAGAUAAAAUAAACGGUUAGCUUUCCUUCGACUUUUCCCUACUGCCCAUAAACUCGUCCUCAUCCUCAUCGUCGAAGCGCGAAGGCUAUAAAUUUUUAGGCUUCAUCAUGAUCGCUCCUCCAAAAUCUGCUCCAACAUCCAAACAACAUUAGGCACUUCUCUACGUGUACUGUCAUGAGUUGGCUUCCCUUAGGCCCCGGCAACUGCUGGGGCUGGGGUCUGAUCACAGGAAGUUAUUUUUGAAGUGAUUCAAGUGAUUUCUUUUUGCGAAGUAACUAUCAAACUUCUUCAAGUAUCAUAAUGUUGAGUAAAAGUAGUGCUCAUCAAUCGUUGAGUUCAUCAAUCUGUUGACCAAUCUGUGUUGAUACAACAAUCUGUUCAUCAAUCUGAAGAAGCUUCUGUUCACCAAUCUGUUGUUGAUACAACAAACAAAGUCCGAAGAUGUCGUCGUCUGGGCAGUUGGACUCUGCCAAGUACGAUCCAAUCGACACUUUGAUGAAGUGUAAACAGACGAUCCGCAGUCUCUCCAACGAAUUAGAGAAGGAGAAAUCAGAGCAUGAAAAACUAAAAAGGGACUCCAAAUUUUAUGGAAACAAAAGCAUGUAGUACAUUUGGAUAGAAAGAUAAAAGCAAAUUUCAGCUAUGUAAAUCGAUAAAUUUGGUAUUUUGUUCGUGACAGUUCUUCAUCUAACUUUUAGUCGGCACAGAACUCUUGGACGUGAAAAGUCGUUUGUCAGAGGCUCAAGGAGAAAGGGAUAGAUUGCGAAAAAGCGCACAAGAGCUGGACAAGACGAAAGGCGAACUGCAACGGACGAAAAAAAGCUUACUAGACGAAAAACAAAGGGUGAAAGAUGAUGCCAAUGCAGAGACGGGAGAGUACAAGAGGAAAUGGGAGAAUGCUCAGGAGAGGGUACUAAGGAUAUGGAUACUACGUUUUUUAGAGUGAAGCAGUAGUACAGUGGGAACAAAUAGUUCCUACCUCACGGUAGGAACGAACUGUAGUGUCGCCUACUCUUAUUCCUGAAUAGUGUGUUGAGCUCCUACGUGGAUCACCAGGUUGAAUGAGUGAGACUACUCAAUCUUCAUCAAAUAUUUAUUAAUCUCCCCAGAUCAACCAGCUCGAGCAGCAGAAGCAACGGGUAGAAGAGCUAAAAUUAAGGGUCGUUUCCAAAUUACAUCCUCUACCCGCAUCCUUGCAGCGCUUAUUUCUAGUAGGAAAAAGGCUAAGAAUGUUCUGAGGAAUGUAAUUCUGCAACCUCUAGUAAAAGACAGAUUGCUGGAAGAUGUGCGAUAUUUGGAGGAGCGGUCAUCGCAAUAUGAACUGACCGUGAACCCUAUUGUGGACCGACAGAAAAACGCCAUUCUGGCACUCGAGCAGCGAGUGCAGCAACUUGAAGAUCACUGCACGCAGAUGGAAAAUAACAGUACUAAGUAUAAGUAUCUAGAAGUUGUACAGUUGUGUUGAAAUGGAAAAUAACACCAGUACAACUUGAGGACUUCUAAGUAAAUUGAUGGUUGUCUAAGUAGUUCUUCAUGUUGGAGUUGGAGAGACUAAGUAAUCAAAAUAGGAACUACUUACAAAACGUUGAAGCCACACCGUCGUCUUCUUGGUCGUCUUCUUGGAGUCGUCUAGUUGUGCAUGAUUUGUACAAGAGCUUGUCAAGACAACAACUGGGUAAAGGGGUAAACUACGUUUAAUCAUUCACUCAUUCUACGGCAACUGAGUCAUCUAUCUGACACAACAGUCCAGCAGGAACGGGUAGCAUUGCGGGACUAUUAUGAGGGUGAAAUGGUGGAGUUGAGGGAGGAGUAUGAGUCCCGUAAAGCAAAGAUGCAAGAGGAAAUAGAUUUGGAGAGGCAGCAUCUACGGGAUGAUCAUUCUUAUGGAGGAUGUUUUUUGCAUCUAGUACCAUCUAUCUUUAAUAUAAUUGCAGGCUCCUCCGUUUAAAGAUACUAUGCGCACAUUUUCGGUCUAGCGAAAUAGAAUCUUUUGGGCACCUCAAUGGCCCCGAACGCUUGCUCCUUCGUUUUGAGUGAGCCAACUCCUAUCCUAUCCUAAAAGGGUAGCCGUGAUUGUCUGCCUAGAUGGAAAAAAACCCGUUCAUAAUUCUCGGAAGCUUCGCGAGACCGAAGAUACAAUACAAACGGUCGAGAAACUGUACGAGCGUGCGAGGGACGAAAUUGCAGCAGUCAAAGACCAGAUGGAGUUAUGGAAGAAUAUGAUUUCUAUAGAAGAUACCCAUACACUUGAUUGAUGAUGAAAAACUAAUAUCCAUAUCGUGAUAUUAUCCUUGCUUCCUGUUUGUAGCUGUGUCUCCCUAACAGACGUAUGAUCUAUUCAUCUGCACUCUGUCCGUAUGGAGACAAGAAGGAUCCCUCUUUAUAUUGUUAAGGGACAUUCUUGUAUUUUACGUUCAUUUCACGAGGCUUCGAAGGAGUACGAGGAGCGAAUCCAGUGUGAGAAGCGGGAGAAGCAGGCCCUUGAGGUCAGAAUAGAGGAGGGCGAAGCUCGUGAAGACGGGUUGAAGGUGAAAAUACGGACCUUGGAUUAAGGCCUCAUCCCCUAAUCCAUCCUUUUGAAAGACAUCCUGAAGAGUCUGCUUUUCAGGGGGAAGGUAGAGCAGAGUCUGCUCUUCAAGGGGAAGGUAGAGCAGGCGUCUAGGAUGCACUAGCUUGAGAUGGAUUAGUGCGCGCGCUAAUUUCCAGGAAAGGAGCGGGAACUAGGCGAGAUGACUGCAGCUAAGCAGCAAGUCGAUCGCGAACUGGAGAAAACCAAGAAGGAUUUAAAAGCAGCUCUGAAACUUACGAAUGGAGGAAUAAUCUUGUAGGGUACGAUCCAUUUUCUUUAUUUGCAACGCUCCAGGUACUUUUUAUGGUUUGCCUUUUUGGGAAAGUGUGGGUCCUCCAACGCUCAACAAACAAGCACACUUGAACUAUAUUUGCCGGCUAGCUUCCCCCGUGGUUUGCGCGGAUAUUCUUAGUUCCUUUUCACGGAAUGCGCAAGGUCUACUUCUGCAAGCAAAAUGCAAAUGUCUCGUCGCCCCCUAUUACAGUAUUAGUGUAUAGCGCAAAUGCAAAUGUCUCGUCGCCCCCUAUCUACUUAUUUAACAAACAGUAUUAGAGUAUACCUCUCUAUAACAAACAGUAUUAGAGUAUUAGAGUAUAGCGCUCUAAGUACUGUGUGGAGACUCUAGAGCAUGACGGAGAAAAGCAACAGCGGAGUUCGAGAUCCGCACUACGACAAAUGGAAAGCGAGAUAUUGCAUUUGAAGACAGCCUUGGACAAUGCAGAGAUGAAAAAUAUGACUGGACGAUUUUCAUAUAGUCAUUUCAUUUGACUGGACCAUACUAGAGAUCGGAGGACUGGACAAGUAGAGUAGAGCAGAGAUCAGCCAUGAUAUGGGUAACAGUCUAGAUAGACCCAAAUCCAAAAUUCUAGUCAUCACCAAGAGUCUUCUCAGUCAUCUUCUCAAAACUUCUACUUCAUCCCUGCUCUUCUAACACGCACAAGGAGAAGGAAAACGUGCUGUACGAGAAUCACAAGUUGCAAUCCAAUGUGCGGGAUUUGACGACGAUGGUAGACAGUAUAAGAAGAGACGCGCAAGAGAAGUACGGCUCUGUGAUAACCAAGCUGUCACAGCAAAACAGCAAGUUGAAAAAGGAGUCCGCUCAGUUUUAUGGCUGCUUCUGACUGAUUCCAGCUAGUCUACAACUUCUGUUGAUUGAAGAAAAAGGCUGCCUUUUGAAAAUAUAUAUUAUUUCGAAUGUAUGUUGUACAAACUGGAAGGGUGUGCGUCGCUAGUUUUUUCAGACCUUCCAGCUUCUUCUAAUACAAAGCUCAAAAUUUGAAUCUGACGUUGGAGAACCAGUACCGAGAGGUGAGUCGGAAAUACGACUCUCUCGCUGAGGACUAUCGGCGCAUAGAUGGAGUACGGAUAGCCAACAACAACUUUCGACCAGACGGUAGCAGAGGGGCACAACAACUCGAAGGUACUAUUAAGGAGAAUGUUAAGGAUCGAUCAUCGUAGUAAAUAACCUUAGCCUCUGCUUCCCACCUUUAUGAUGAAGAUGAAGCACUCUUUAUAUUGUCCUAUCCUUCAUGAUGAAUGUUAAGGGUCUGUUGUUGUGCAACCUAUUAAGGGUCUGUUGUCGUGCAACCUAUUAGGGGUCUGUUGUUGUGCAACCUGUUCCAAUCACUGUUAGUUUUCAUACAGAAGUUUUGCUCUUAUUUCCGGUUUUCCGUUCCAGCUGCGUGUAAUUACUGUUGUAAAAUUGCACCAUUCUCAUUGUUCAUUGUACUUCGCCUGCACUUGUAAUUGUGCUUCUACUACUAGUACAGGUUUGUUCUACAUGUUUUUUCAAAAAUGUACUACAUGUACCAAAAAUAGGGAAGCAAGAUCAAACAAAAUCUUUCUCUCCUAAAUGUUGAGGUCGAUCGUUUCUCACCUCUAAGAAUCGCGCACCAGCACCACGAAGCAUGAGUAGAGGCCCCAUGGAGCAGCUGCAGGGUCCUCGGAGCAGUGCAACACCACCACAUGGACAUCGCUUGGGAGGACGGGGGGGGAGAUAGUAACUACAGACGGGGACAUCACUAAUCCACUUCAAUUUUUGCAUCAACUCCUUUUUGUUCAUCAACAGCCACAACUUCGUUUUCAACGACAAGCACUUCGUCUUGGACGACAAGCACUUCGUCUUCAAGUCUAAUAAUUUCAGCGUAAACCAAGCAUAUAUUAAACGACUUCGAUUUGUCAUACUAAUGAAGGUCGCCCGGAACACCUUACCUCAUGCGUAGAAAAGGAGCAUAAGACUCUUCAUCUUCAGGGACAACACCCUAUUUGAAAUUAACUAAGUUUUAUCGUUUUUUUAUUCCAAGAAUUUAUUGCUAUUCUACAACGACGUAGGUGUAGCGCUGAUGUACGCAAUCAUGUAUGUUGAAGACAAUCCGAAUCAAUCAUGUAUGUUGAGACGCAAUCAUGUAUGUUGCCCAUCUGCUAGACUUACAUUCAAAGAUACCUACUAGUUUCCUUCAUCAUCUUCAUCAUCGACAGAUCAUUGCUCGAAAAAGUUGAGGUCAUGGCUCAUUUCAUCAUCAUCAUCAUCAAUUAAACCCUUUCCGUCAUCGUCAAAAUAUUUUUCUCAGAAGGGCCUACAUCUACUCCAAGAAGAAUUAUGGGGAGCUUCUACUUAAAGGCACCUAGUAGGUAGCACAUCAUCUACUCCAACAAGACAUCAAUUAUCCUUUUGCUUUUUGAUUCAGCACCAGUCACCGUUAUUCAGUAAUCAUUGCCUCAGGACGACAAGAAUUGCUUGCUUUUGAGCGACAAAAUUGCUUGACGACAAGACGAAGAUGAGAAACAUCGUCUGACGUUUUGAAGGUCGUUCCGUAAUUUUCUUCUCCACCGAACCGCGUUGAUAGAUGACAGUAAGUAUACUACGGCUGCGAACCUGAUGAGAAACAUCGUCUGAGGACGUUGUUGAUCGAGAACAAUAGCCAAUUUUGCAUUGCUGUUUGCGUCUUGGUAUUCUUGCACGCGGUCGACUCUUUCCUGGCUCUCCUGGAGCUACUUUCGUUGUUUAGUAGGCAUGCCAAACCUGAUUGCUUGACGACGAAGAUUAUCUUCAUCCAUUGCUGUGGCGGCAAUUCAUGAAUGUCAUCGCUUCUUCAAUAGAAGUCUCUCAAUGUUCCCGCAAGCGAAAGGGAUUGUUGAGCUGGUCUAGUGAGUGAAGCAUUAU